AGUGAUUAGAUUAGCAUGUUGGCAGAAAGGAGCCAAAAGCCUUGUCCCUGGCUCCAAAGCUGCCAACGCCCCGCCCCCGCCGCCCGCGGUCGUAGCAACGCCCCGCCUCUGCCGCCCGCGGCCCUAGCAACGCUCCGCCUCUCCGCCCGCGGCCCUGGCAGCGCCCCGCCCACUCGCCCGCUCGGGGUCCGCCAGCCUCGCUUCCGCGUCGCUCGCUCCGCCUCCCGGCAGGCCCCGCCCCCGGCAGGCCCCGCCCCCGCACUCGCCUGGGCGGAGUUCCCGUCCGCGCUCGGGGGCGCGCGCUUCCUUCUCGCCGCCCCCCUAACCCCGCAGCCCAGCGCGCCCCCAACCCUGCCCGGCUCCGCGGGGCUCCCGGGGCCGAUCCCGCCGCCGAGGUUCGCGCCCCGCCGCCGCCGGCUGCGCCCCCGCGCCUUCCCGGCCUCGGGCGGCGGCGGCGGCACAAAGGGAAGCAGCAUGUCCGACCCCAGCUACUGGACGGCGGUGGCGGCUCCCGGCCAUCGCAGCCGCCUGGCCAAGGGCGCGCUGCUGCAGCGCUCCAAGAGCUGCCGCAGUGGGAACCGCAAGAGCUUGGUGGUAGGAACGCCCUCCCCGACACUCUCCCGGCCCCUGUCGCCACUGUCGGUCCCAACGGGCAGCAGCCCCUUGGAUAGUCCUCGGAACUUCUCGGCUGCCUCUGCCCUCAACUUCCCCUUUGCCCGGAGCCACGUCCCACGCACGGACAGGGCAGACGGCAGAAGAUGGUCCCUCGCGUCCCUCCCAUCUUCCGGCUAUGGAACCAACACACCCAGCUCCACCCUCUCGUCAAGCUCAUCCUCCCGGGAACGUCUCCACCAGCUUCCCUUCCAGCCGACGCCGGACGAGCUGCAUUUCCUGUCCAAGCACUUCCGCAGCUCAGAGAAUGUGCUUGAUGAGGAAGGCGGCCGGUCACCCCGCCUCCGCCCCCGCUCCCGCAGUCUCAGCCCGGGCCGCGCGACGGGGACCUUCGACAAUGAGAUCGUCAUGAUGAAUCACGUGUACCGGGAGAGGUUCCCCAAGGCCACAGCGCAGAUGGAGGGCCGUCUGCAGGAGUUCCUGACGGCCUACGCGCCCGGCGCCCGGCUGGCGCUGGCUGAUGGCGUCCUGGGCUUCAUCCACCACCAGAUCGUCGAGCUGGCCCGAGACUGCCUGGCCAAGUCUGGCGAGAACCUUGUCACCUCCCGCUACUUCCUAGAGAUGCAGGACAAGCUGGAGCGGCUUCUGCAGGAUGCCCACGAGCGCUCAGACAGUGAGGAGGUCGGUUUCAUCGUCCAGCUUGUCCGGAAACUGCUGAUCAUCAUCUCGCGGCCGGCUCGGCUGCUGGAGUGUCUGGAGUUUGACCCGGAGGAGUUUUACCACCUGCUGGAGGCGGCCGAGGGCCAUGCGCGGGAGGGCCAAGGCAUCAAGACUGACCUUCCACAGUACAUCAUCGGGCAACUGGGCCUGGCCAAGGACCCCCUGGAGGAGAUGGUGCCACUGAGUCACCUCGAAGAAGAACAGCCCCCAGCACCUGAGUCCCCGGAGAGCCGCACCCUGGUCGGGCAGUCACGGAGGAAGCCAUGCGAGAGCGACUUUGAGACCAUCAAACUCAUUAGCAACGGAGCCUAUGGGGCAGGGUCCGCCCUUCCCUCUCCCACGACCCUCCCCGCUGAGACAGAACAAACUUGGGGACCCUCUGCAGGAGAUGAAGCGAGGAUGAUGCGUAGGCUUUGGGCAUAUGGGCCAAGGGGUGGGGCCCCGGGCCUCAUGACCACAUCCACCCCUCUCCCAGGCGGCGACUGCGCCACGCUCUUGAAGAACAUGGGCCCGCUGCCCGUGGACAUGGCCCGCAUGUACUUUGCCGAGACCGUGUUGGCGCUCGAGUACCUGCAUAACUACGGCAUCGUGCACCGUGACCUCAAACCAGACAACCUGCUCAUCACCUCACUCGGCCACAUCAAGCUCACGGACUUCGGCCUGUCCAAAAUCGGCCUGAUGAGCAUGGCCACCAACCUCUACGAAGGCCACAUCGAGAAGGACGCCCGGGAGUUCAUCGACAAGCAGGUGUGCGGGACGCCGGAGUACAUCGCGCCCGAGGUGAUUUUCCGCCAGGGCUACGGGAAGCCAGUGGACUGGUGGGCCAUGGGCGUCGUUCUCUAUGAGUUUCUGGUGGGCUGCGUGCCUUUCUUCGGAGACACCCCCGAGGAACUCUUCGGUCAGGUGGUCAGCGAUGAGAUCAUGUGGCCAGAUGGGGACGAGGCCCUUCCAGCUGACGCCCAGGACCUCAUCACCAGGUUGCUCCGGCAGAGCCCACUGGACCGUCUGGGCACUGGUGGCACCCACGAGGUGAAGCAGCACCCGUUUUUCCUGGGCCUGGACUGGGCAGGGCUUCUUCGACACAAAGCCGAGUUCGUGCCCCAGCUCGAAGCCGAGGAUGAUACCAGCUACUUUGAUACACGCUCAGAACGCUACCGCCACCUGGGCUCCGAGGACGACGAGACCAAUGAUGAAGAAUCGUCCACAGAGAUCCCCCAGUUCUCCUCCUGCUCCCACCGGUUCAGCAAGGUCUACAGCAGCUCUGAGUUCCUGGCUGUCCAGCCCACUCCUACCUUUGCUGAAAGGAGCUUCAGUGAAGACCGGGAGGAGGGGUGGGAGCGAAGCGAGGUGGACUAUGGCCGCCGGCUGAGUGCUGACAUCCGGAGGCUGGACUGUGUAAAUAGCGACCAGGGAGGAAGGGCCUUCCCCUUCCCCUUAGAGGGGCCACGUGGUGAGUUUGAGGGGCGCCCGGCUGAUCCUGCUGACCUCCUAGCCGACACAGCUGCCCUCAGCCAUGCCCGUCUACGGAGCAACAGCAUCGGCGCCAGGCACUCCACGCCGAGGCCUCUGGAUGCCGGCCGGGGCCGCCGCCUUGGGGCCUCGAGAGAGCCAGCCCCUGAGAAGUCCCGAGCCUCCUCCAGCGGCGGCAGUGGCGGGGGCCGUGUGCCCAAGUCGGCCUCUGUCUCUGCCCUGUCCCUCAUCAUCACGGCAGAUGACGGCAGCGGUGGCCCCCUCAUGAGCCCCCUGUCCCCACGCUCUCUGUCCUCAAACCCGUCGUCCCGCGACUCCUCGCCGAGCCGAGACCCGUCCCCCGUGUGUGGCAGCCUCCGGCCCCCCAUCGUCAUCCACAGCUCCGGCAAGAAGUACGGCUUCAGCCUGCGGGCCAUCCGCGUCUACAUGGGCGACAGUGACGUCUACACCGUGCACCAUGUGGUCUGGAGUGUGGAGGAUGGAAGCCCCGCCCACGAGGCGGGCCUGCGAGCCGGGGACCUCAUCACCCACAUCAAUGGGGAGUCAGUGCUGGGGCUGGUGCACAUGGACGUCGUGGAGCUGCUGCUGAAGAGCGCCAACAAGAUAUCCCUGCGGACCACUGCCCUAGAGAACACGUCCAUCAAGGUGGGCCCCGCCCGGAAGAACGUGGCCAAGGGCCGCAUGGCGCGCAGGAGCAAGCGGAGCCGGCGGCGGGAGACCCAGGACCGGCGGAAGUCACUCUUCAAGAAGAUCUCCAAGCAGACGUCCGUGCUGCACACCAGCCGCAGCUUCUCCUCUGGGCUCCACCACUCGCUGUCAUCCAGCGAGAGCCUCCCCGGCUCGCCCACCCACAGCCUCUCCCCCAGCCCCACCACUCCCUGCCGCAGUCCAGCCCCUGAGGUACCAGCAGACACCACCGCGUCCCCACCCAGCGUCUCCCCGAGCUCCAGCAGCCCUGCCUCCCCAGCUGCUGCCGGCCACACCCGCCCCAGCUCCCUGCACGGCCUGGCCGCCAAGCUGGGGCCACCCCGCCCCAAGACUGGCCGCCGCAAGUCCACGAGCAGCAUCCCGCCCUCCCCGCUGGCCUGCCCGCCCAUCUCCGCGCCCCCGCCGCGCUCGCCCUCGCCCCUGCCAGGGCACCCGCCCGCGCCUGCCCGAUCCCCGCGGCUGCGCCGGGGCCAGUCCGCUGACAAGCUGGGCACAGGGGAGCGGCUGGAUGGGGAGGGGCGGCGCGGCCGCGGGCCGGAGGCCGAGCUCGUGGUGAUGCGGCGGCUGCACCUGUCCGAGCGCCGAGACUCCUUCAAGAAGCAGGAGGCCGUGCAGGAGGUUAGCUUUGAUGAGCCGCAGGAGGAGGCCACUGCGCUGCCCGCCCCGGUGCCACAGAUCGCCGUGGAGGGCGAGGAGGCCGUGCCAGUAGCUCUCGGGCCUACUGGGAGAGACUGACCCCCCUGCCUGGUCUCUCCCUGGCCUCAAAGUCACGCGUUUUUUUGUGCAAUGUUUUUUUUUCCGUAAAGUCAUGCCUGGAUGGAGCCUGAGCCACCAGUCUGACACCCGGAAGGCGAGAAGCCAUCUCGGUCCUUGCUGGAAGGUGGAGACACGCUUCCCUUGUGUUCUGGUGUCAAUCAGGGGGCCGGACGGGGCAGGAAUGGGGGACAAGGGUGGCUUUGUAAAUAGCAGCAAAUCCCUGCAACUAAUUUAUUUUUUUUUAUUUUUUUUUAUUUUUUUGAGACUGGGUCUCACUCUGUCACCCAGGCUGGAGUGCAGUGGCGCGAUCUCGGCUCACUGCAACCUCCGCCUCCCAGGUUCAAGAGAUUCUCCUGCCUCAGCCUCCUGAGUAGCUGAGAUUACAGGCACGUGCCACCAUGCCAGGCUAAUUUUUUUGUAUUUUUAGUAGAGGCGGGUUUUCACCAUGCUGGCCAGGCUGCUCUGGAACUCCUGACCUCGUGAUUCGCCUGCCGCGGCCUCCAGAAGUGCUGGGAUUACAGGUGUGAGCCGCCGCGCCUGGCCUAAUUUAUUACUUUAUAAGCGAUAUCGGACUGAGCCACCCCUUGAAGGCGGCUGCCAGGUCUUGUCCCAGGCACCUGGGACCCUGUUUGCAGGCCUUGCCCGCUGGGCUGAGAAGGAAGCACUUUGGACAAGUCAUCUGUGUUUGUGUUUUCUAGUUUUUCUGUAGUUUUUACGUAUUUUGUGUUACCAAGUCUCACUCCCCUCCCAAGACCCACCCGUUGAGGGGAUGGAGCCGAACUCACCUGUACGGGUCCGUGAACGAUUCCCCUCACCCACAAAACAGUGUAAUCCCAACGAUGGACUGGACUCUGAAGGCCACUUCCCACCGUCCCUGCUAGAGUCUGCCUCUAAUCCUACUAGCUUCAGCCUGCAGGAGGGAUGUGGGAGCUGGGGCUUUGAUGGAUAAAUAGGUGUUCACCAGAUCUGGGCAGAGGGGUCAUCCGCUCCCCAGGUGGGCACUGAUGCAGGAAGUUGCAGUUCUCACCCGGCACUGCCAAGGCAGCCUCCAGAAAUGCUCGGCGUCCCGGGGCAUCCUCUAUUCCGCCAGUCCCGCAGGACUAUGUUCGGCUACUUCCGGAAACACUCGGCGUCCCCUCUCCUUGGGCUCCGCCUCGGCCUCGCCUUGUCCCAUCUAUCCUGGACAAGAUGCCGUGUGUUUGAGGCCCCGCAGAGCGAGCCCUUGACCGUGAUGUGUCUGAAGCACCUGCUAGGGGUUCCCUCCCUGUGUCAGAGCCUCUCUGGGAUGAAGUUCAAGUCAGAAAACCCAGUCGAGGCUCAAGUUUCAAUUUCAGCUUCACUGUGUGGCUCUGGGAAAAUGGCUUUCCCACUCUGUGCCUCAGUUUCCUUGUGUUUACAAGACUAAUCCCAUUGACUGUUUAUUAGGCACCUACUGUGUACCAAACGCUUUUACUCGUGGCUUCUCCCUCAGCCAGCCUUGAGAAGGCUGGAGGUGGCGUCAUCACCUCCGUUUUACAGACAAAACAGCUGAGACCCCAGCGAGGGGCAGAGACCUGUCCCUCGAUCACCCUGCAGGAGUCGUGGCAAAGCAGACCAUAUCAGCCAGACCCCGUUGUGGGCACUGUCAUCAAGGGAGCUUGAAUGGAGGGUCUGGUGACAGAUGCAGCCGACUCCAGACCCAAUCAUCCCCCAUGAUGCAGUGUGACCCACUGGGCACUCUGGUGAGGGAGUUUUCCAGACACCCAACAGCCCACUCUGCGUCCCUUUCUGAGUCCCCUGCGCAGCACUCCUUAGUGUUGGAGGGUAGACCAAGGCUGUGCAUGAUUCGCCCCCUCUUUCCAUCCUGGAGCUGGCAGUGAAUAAAAGCCCGUAUUUACAAAGAUGA